AUGAUAAAUCUAACGUUGCUCGCGGAUUUGAUAACUAAACCACUCACUCUGUUGGUCUUGAUCAUGAAGAUAACAGUAAUGGCUCAUGAUGAUGGCGUGCCUGCAAUGCUGUCGUCGGUAGCUGUAACCGUGGUGUUUGCUGUUGGGAGUUACGAAACUUGCGAGUUAGCCGUCGACAGGGAUACACCUAUCGGAACGAAGCUGGGAAACAUUGAGGAGUACUGCAAUCACAUUACAAAGAGAAAGAUUCUCCGAAGGUUUCUCUCAGAUGAGUCUAUUUUGACGAUAGACUCAGACGGGAACCUUUUCGUUAGUGGAGUCGUUCACAAAGAUGACCAAGUGGAAUUUGUAUCUGUGACUGUGAAUGGAGCGGUGACGGUAUACCAUAUGCGAAUAGAACUUAGCCAGGGCAAUCCCAAUCCACCAAUUUUUGAAAAGAAAAUCUUCCAUUUUGCUGUCUCGGAGGAUGUCGAACAUGGUGACAUGGUGGGCGUUGUCUAUGCAGAGGAUUGUGAUCCAGGUCUUGCGGGGAAGCUACUUUACCGCAUAGAAGCUGAUGAAUUGCCGUUCAAAAUAUUUCCAAAUGGAACUCUUGUGAUUUCUGGGCCACUGGACUAUGAGGCACAGAGGCGAAACGUUCCAGAAAGCGAAGAAAAAGUGAUCAGAGGUAAUAGAAGUAUAUUCAAAUUCCGAACUAGGCGGGGUUCGCAACAAGCCAGUGCACAAAUUGUUAUUGACCUUCUGGACGUUGAUGAUAAUCCACCGGCAAUCGAAGAUGCUGAGCUGAUUUAUGCGGUAACGAACACUGAGGCUACAUUUUGCCCUAUCAUCACGGACAUUGACACUCCGAAAGAAGUUCUCAUAUCCUCUGUCUCAGCUCCUGUAGAAAUCAUCACCACCGACAGCUGUAUUCACGUAUCCGACGAUGUUCCAUCAUUCAUUCAAUGGACAGUCAGCGACAAGAGCCAACAGAUAACCGUCAAAGUGGUGUUGCUUGACAUGCUACCGAAGAGCCCGAACAUUCAUGAUGAAAACGUAACUAUGAGCGAAAGUGCUGUGAAAGGAACCAUUGUGUCAUCUUAUGGAACCACAAUUUUCUUGGCCAAGAGAAGUGAUCAGCUAAUCGUUGAUGCGAAUGACCUUAAAGUCAGUGUUGAACGAGGAAUCACUGAUGAUGAAACUGUAGUUUACGCCAAAUCGCAAUUUGGAAGAGUUUUAAAGAGCUCCAAAUUGCAACUAAUCUCAUCUAAUAUGGCUCCACCUCCAGUAUUUUCUAAAACCACCUAUGCUUUCAACGUUUCCGACAUGGCUCCAGUGAACACCACAAUCCACGACUUUCAAAUGUCUGUACCUAACGAUUGCUACUUGGCAUUUGUCAGCGAUGACCGAGGAAAGACAUUCUGCUUCCCAGUGGGCAGCACAUUGGCUCUCUGUGGGCAUCUCAGAAAACCUCGCUACGCACUGGUUGCUGAGGUGUUAUGUGGUAACGAAGUAAGAUCUCGCAGUGAAAUAAUCAUUACGGUAAUUCCAACAACUCCAUCUGAUUAUCCGAUGGUGGGAUUCUUGAUGGAAAAUGUGUCAGCACUUGCGAUUGCUCAAUUGCACAGUGUUCAUGGUCAGAAGUUCGCUUAUCGUAUUGGUGAUCGGCGACUCAGAGAGAUAUUCUCUGUAUCCCCUGAAGGGAUGUUGAUGUCUGUUCGACCAUUAACUCAAUCGAUUCGAAGUGUCUACGGUGUACCGGUUGUUGCACAGCCGGAAUACGGACGACCAACAACGCAGCGUGUUGUGGUUAGUACGUUGGCUCGGGUACCGCUUACUUUAUUGGACCUAGACAUUGACAUUGCUGGUUUUCUUUACGUAUUCGUCGACGCUGAUGCUGAAAAUGCGGUCAGUCCUCGGAUUAUGAACGCAACUAUCGUACUAGGCGAUACGCCGACAGAGAUCGAUUUGAGCUCCAUAACUUUUGAAUCAAAACCAGAAUGUGUUCCAAACGAAAGUGAGGCGUAUAAGGUAUCAGGUAACUGCCAUAUUACUGUGAAAGAAUCGGUCGGCAACGCAUUGCAGAAAGUUAUGAUCAAUGAUACAUUAAUCGAGAUCACGCUAAACACUCUACAAAGUUCGGAGGAGCUUCAACAAUCAGCUCUGCAAGUCAUCUUCUACGCAGCACCGGCCAGAGUUGCUGAUUUUCUCACUGAGCUUCAGCGAUCCUAUACUGACCUGACGUUCUAUCCGUUGGCGGUCAAAGUUGACGCUGCUCAGCAUCGCAAUGCUCUAUCGCUCGCUGUGAUCGAUCGUAAUCACCGAGUGAUCACCUCGAACGAUUCGCGUGACAUCUUGCAUGGUUUCUUCCAAAGGAACGAUUUUCCACACGCACUCUUGCAGUCGAUGUCGACGUCUUUAUGUGAUAGUGUUUUCUGCAGCAACGGCGGAAUAUGCCGUCAGCUGGUCUCACUGCAGAACGCCAGUACCACCUUCUACGGAUCAGAAUCCAUUUGGAGUAUUCCGAACGGACUUCUCCAAACAAGAUGUGAAUGUGGAGUCGGUUUCGUUGGUGAGUAUUGUGAAGAAGUGAACCAUUGCAGUGACAUUAUCUGCCCCGAUGGUCGAUGUUCAGCAGCUGGGAGCUGCAUGAGAGGCUGUGAGAAAGGAUGCGUCAAUGGCAUGUGCUCCGACGGUAUCUGCAGAUGCCUUGCUGGUUUCUCGGGUGUUGACUGUUCUAUACGAAACAAAGAUCGGAAACUCAAACGAAAACGACCGUACGAAUUGAAGAAGCCGUCGAAAAAGCGUAAGAUGAACUGCUCUGAAAUGAAAUGCGACGGUGGUACAUGUCAAGCUGAAGGUGGACGAGCGAUUUGUCAUUGCGUUGGUGGCUUUGAGGCUGUUGACUGCUCAAAAGCUGGACAAGCCUAUUCGAUGACCUCUGGAUCCUUUACGCUAGCACCAACGGAACAACUCCGAAGUAUCCUCGCGGCUGGUGCGCUGUCUCCGGCUGAUUCGUCAUUCUGCCAUGGAAGCCAGUCAAUUGAGAUUGAUUUUCGCACGCGAAAGUCACACGGAACAAUAGUGACGCUGUUUUACGAAUCGGAGCUCGCCGUCGUUGAAGUGCAUGCUUCGGUAGCGCGUUACCGCGUCUUCAACAGUUAUCGGACCCUUGUGGAAAUCACGCUUGGUAGCCAAUCAGUGGACGACGGCAAUUGGCAUCAAGUUGUACUUGAGCUCAGUGGGGACAGAAAAGUGAUCACAUUCAAAGUGGAUGGGAUUGGGAAGCAGGCAAUGUCACGUGUAGUGCUGCCGUCGAUAAUCUCAGCCGACUUGAAACGGAUCGAGCUUGGAGUCAAUGGAAUGCGAGAACAAUUUUCCGUCUGUCUUCGACGAUUCGUCGUCAAUGGAGAACUGCAAUCCCUCGAAAUUGAGGAGAACUACUCUAGUGAGUUCUUCACAAAAGCCCUCAGCGGCGAUGUAUCUGCUGGCUGCUCUGUUGGUUCAGCCCACUUGGCAUUGCUCCAGAAGCCUGGGGUUCUAGCAUCACUGCUCUGCGUAGCGGUCUUUGUAGCUGCUGCUUUGGUGGUGCUAAGUGUCGCAAGAGUAGUCAGACGUCGCGAAGCACCGAAAAAGAUCACAUGGCAACGGACAGAGGAAAUUGAUGCAUACGCGGUGCACAAACCGCAAGAGUUCGCUUAUGGACACCUUAAUCAGGCAAUGUCAUCGUCUUCAGAAGGACCUAUCUAUAGCUCAGCUGACGGUUAUGAAACGCCAAUCCAUCUAAGACAACAACACCGUAAAAUGAGGUCGGCUACGACACCACCGAGAACCGUUGCCGACAUCGUACUUGCUGUUCACCCAUCUUUAUCAGACACUGAUAGCUAUCAGAGCUCCUCAGAAAGCUUGGGCUCCGACCAUAGGCCACAGCCACCACCACCACGGGGAAUGUACAGAAAUAUAGCCUAUUUUUGA